CCACUCUCUUCCCCCCCCCACCGAGGAACAUCCAUUAAUGCCCUCAACGUUUCACACAGAGAAUUCGAGGGGGAGAGAGAGAGAGCUCCGUAAUAAAUAAAACAGUCCCACGGCGAGCUCUCUCCCUCGAGUCUAGCUGUUCCUCCCGGGUUUUUCGUGGCUCAACCCCCUUUCCCUUCUCUCCCCUCCCUUCCUUUCCUUUCAUACAAAGUAAUAUAACGCAGCCCCCCGGUCCAAUCCCACCCCGAACCGGCUGGUCCCGACUCCCUCCGGCGAGAAACAACCCAAAGGACUGUUAAAGACGAGAGCAGAGUGGCAGUUGAGCCCUCCCUUUUGCCAUUAAUAUCUCCUCCUUUAAUUCAUCACCAACAGAGCAGUAGCUCCUCUGAUAUCCACCAAAAAUAGCAUCGAAACAUCCACCAAGUUCUCCAGAAUUUAGAAGACAUACACCUUCCAGUGCCAACAACGGAUUGCGACUGCAAGCUGCGCUAAAAGUAACACCAACGGAUGAACUCCAAAUCACCAUCCGCUCCAAUGAAGUCUCCUCCCGUGGUGGUCAUUCUCUUCUCCCUUCUUUUCUUGUUGCAAUUGCCCGGCUUGGCUUCGUGUCAGCGAUUAAGCUCCGCUGUCGAGCUCGCCGCGCUUUAUAGCUUACGCUCCUCGCUCGGCCUCCGCGCCCGCGAGUGGCCGUGGCGGGCCGACCCCUGCUUUUCGUGGACCGGAGUCCGCUGCCGGUUCGGCCGGGUCGUGUCGCUGAACCUCUCCGGUCUCCGCCGCACCCGGCGCGGACGGAAGAACCCCCGGUUCGCCAUCGACGGCCUCCAGAACCUCACUCGCCUCGUCUCUUUGAAUGCCUCCGGCUUCCCACUUCCCGGGCCCUUCCCCGAGGGCUUCGGCCGCCGCCUCCCGCCCUCGCUCGCUGUCCUCGACCUCCGCGCUGUCAAAGUCUCCGGCGCCAUCCCCCACACCCUCGAAGCCCUUCCGCGCCUCACCCACCUCGACCUCUCCUCCAACUUACUCUCCGGUCAAAUCCCUCCGGCUCUCGGGACUCUCUCGAGUCUCAAAACCCUAAUCCUCUCCAGCAAUAGCCUCACCGGACCGAUUCCGCCGCAGCUCGGCAAUCUCUCCCUCCUCGUCUCUCUCAAUCUCAGCUCCAAUUCCCUCGUCGGUUCCUUGCCGGAGAGCCUCUUCUCCGGCGCCUCUCGUCUCCGGUCGGUCGCGCUGAGUCGCAACAACCUCUCCAGCGAGCUUCCGGCGUCACUGUGGUCCAUCCUCCCAGAACUGGAGCUUCUUGAUGUCUCCUCCAAUAACCUCACCGGCGAAUUUCCCAAUCUCGCACCCGGCAACGCCAAUGCCGAUGCCAGUGGCGUACUGUUCGACCUCUCAAACAAUCUUUACUGCGGAUCAAUCUCCUCUGGAUUCGGAAAUCUUUUCCGGAGAUUCCAAUUCGUCAACCUCUCGGACAAUUAUUUCCAAGGAACACCACUGGUCAGCAACUGGAGCAAGAACGUCUCUUUCGCAUUAAACUGCUUCCAAAACGCCUCGACUCAGAGGAGCACAGCCGAGUGUGAGAAGUUCUACAUGGAAAGAGGUAUAGCUUAUGAUGGUGCCGUGGCCCCGGCUCCAUCCCUUAGGAAAAGCAAUAGGAAUUGGAGGUAUAUAUUGGCAGGGGUACUUGGGGGGGUGGCAUUUGUCCUCAUAUUGGCUUCAGUGCUUGUGUUAUGCUUGCUGAGAAGAGGAGCACAUUGUUCCGAAGGGAGGGAUGUCCAUGUUAGUGGAAUAGGUUCUUCUGGGGUGGCGCCGGAGCUGCCUUCUUCGGGGGUCUCGGUUAAGUUCUUUUCUGCAGUGGGGGAUGCCUUCACAUACGAGGAGUUGCUUCGGGCGACGUCGGAGUUUAGUCCCCUGAACCUGGUGAAGCAUGGGCACUCAGGAGAUCUAUACUUGGGCGUUUUGGAGGAUGGGGCUUCGGUGGUGGUGAAGAGGAUUAAUUUGCAGACUUUGAUGAGGGAAGCAUAUGUCAUGGAGUUGGAUUUAUUUGGCAGGCUAACGCAUGGGAGAUUGGUUCCAUUCCUUGGGCACUGUUUGGAGAGAGAGGAGGAGAAGCUUCUGGUGUACAAGCAUAUGCCGAACGGGGAUCUGUCUACUGCUUUGUUUAGGAAGCCUGGGAUGGGAGAAGAGGGGCUGCAGUCAUUGGAUUGGAUAACGAGGUUGAAGAUUGCGAUUGGGGUGGCCGAGGCCCUGUGUUUUCUUCAUCAUGAGUGCACUCCGCCUCUGGUUCAUAGAGAUAUCCAAGCAAGCAGUAUUCUUCUAGAUGAUAAAUUUGAAGUGCGGCUUGGAAGUUUAAGUGAGCUAUGCACUCAGCAAGGAGAUGGCCAGCAGAAGGUCUUCACCAGGAUCUUGAGAUCAUCACAGCCAUCUGAACAAGGCAUUUCUGGCUCUCCUGCUGCCACAUGUGCCUAUGAUGUAUAUUGUUUCGGGAAGGUGCUCAUCGAGUUGGUUACAGGCAAGCUUGGCAUCAGUGGUUCUGAUAGCGCUGCCAUGAACGAAUGGCUCGAUCACACACUGACUUACAUCAAUUUUUAUGAGAAGGAGCUGGUGACCAAAAUUAAGGAUCCUACCCUUGUUGUGGAUGAAGACCACCUAGAGGAGGUCUGGGCAAUGGCUAUUGUGGCAAAGUCCUGCCUGAACCCAAAGCUCUCCAAGCGACCGAUUGCGAGGUACAUACUGAAAGCUCUGGAGAAUCCAGUAAAAGUUGUGAGAGAAGAGAGCCAUGCCAACUCUGCACGACUUAGAACUACAUCAUCUCGAGGUUCAUGGCGCAAUGCCUUGUUUGGAAGCUGGAGACAGAGCUCCUCAGACAUGGUGUCGAUGUCGGGGACAAUAAGGGAAGAACGGAGUCUGAAAUAUUCAACCACAGGAAGGUCUCAAGGGAGUGGAGGAGACCGCUCGUUCUCAAACCGUAGGACAUCAAGGGAUAUCUUCCCUGAACCAUCAGGAUUGGCAGAAGAGUCUGAUGAAUAGAUACGUCAAAUAUUGGAUAAUAUUUGAUUGGUUGACUGUCUGUUCGAGUACCAGACAUCAUUGGUGUUUGAUCUGCAGUCCUUGCUCCAAGCAUCUCGAAGGAGGUGUGGAGCGAUUCAUUGGAUUAGGACGCAAUUGCUUCUGGAGGAGGAGCACACGGAUGCAGAGAUUGAGGUUGUCUGAUUAGCAGUGUCAGUGUAGAGGUACUGCUGUAUUGUUUCAUUGUCUGUUGGCUGGUUUGUUUCAAGGUGAACGGCAAGUUGGAACAUUUUUUAUUGUAAUUUAUCCUCCAUUGGUUUGAUUCUUGGGUGAUGUUAAAUUGAAUGACGAAGUUGUUUUAUCAAAGGUUUUCUCC